AUGGAGUGUCUCAUGGCAAAGCUUGUCCCUCGCCUUGAGUUGCCUCUUCUUCCAAAUAACAUCCCCUCUGCUUGCCACUGGGAUUCUUCUUCUCUCAGCCAAGAGCUCGAUCAAUGGCUCAUCUCCAAGCUCGGUAUCACCGACGAGAGUGCCAAGAGGAAGAUUGUCCAGUCGAGAGUCAUGCUCUUAGCUUGUUUGAUGCAUCCCAAUGGCGAGAGGGACAGAGUCCUCUUGGCAGGGAAGCAUUUGUGGGUGUACUUCCUGGUGGAUGACAUCCUCGAGUCAAGCAGCCGGGAAGGUUAUGGCGCCCUCAAAUCCAUCGUCUGGAGCAUUGCCACCACUGGAAUCUACAAAGCAUCUGAGGAGCAUGAUCAUCAUGACCUCGUGCUGCUUCUCUUGGUGGAAGUCAUGGUGGAACUCCGCAAGGAAAUGCCCACUUCUUUAUUCGCUCGCUACUGCAAGAUCCUCUCAAUCUAUCUGGAUAGCGUCCAGGAGGAGGUCAAGCACCAAAUCAAUAACACGAUCCCGAGCAGCGAGGAGUACCGGCUUCUCCGCCGCCGCACUGGAUUCAUGGAGGUGAUGGCCUGCAUCAUGACUGAAUUUUGCGUGGGAAUCAACCUCGAGGAAUUGGUUGUAAACUUGGGAGAGAUCCGUGAGCUCGUCAAGAUCAUGGACGACCACAUUGUCACGGUGAACGACCUCUUGUCACUGCGCAAGGAGUAUUACAAUGGCACCAUUUACCACAACUGGGUAAUUGUUUUGCUUGCCCAUGAUUGUGCAACUUUUCAGAAGAGUGUGGAUCGCGUUUGUGAGAUGAUCAAGCAGGAGGAGGACUCGAUUCUAGAUUUGCAGAAGAAACUUAUCAUCAAGGCAAAGGUGGACAAGAACCCAGAGCUUCUCAAAUUUGCAUUUAAUGUUCCAAUGGCUGUGGCUGGUCAUCUAAAGUGGGCUUUUAUUACUGCUCGUUACCAUGGUUGUGACAACGCUUUGCUCGAUGGUGAGUUGUUUCAUGGAACUUGGAUCAUGGACCCCAAUCAAACGGUAAUCGUGAAAAACAUGUAG